CCACAUGGUAAAGCUUGGGUACAGACGGUUGUGGUUCCUGGGUGGAGCGGGGCACAUUUUCACUGCAUGAAUCACAGCUUGUGUGUGUGUGUGUGUGUGUGUGAGUGUGAGUGCAUGUAAGUGGGUGAGCGUGUGUGUGUUGGUGCUACAGAGUGGGUGUGUUAGUGUGCCAAACAGCUUCUCUGCACUCUUUAAGAGGAGGCUUAAACCCGUCUGACAACAGGCACACUGCAGACGGCUGAUUCGACGGACGUGAUCUCUCUUUACCUCGUGGUCGACAUCAACAAGGUGAGUAAUGAACAAACAAGAAGCCAGGGAGGGCAGUUUGAUGGAAAGAUAGAAAAGAAACAUACUUCUUCUAAUUCAAAACAAAAGCAUGAUGAAUGCUUAGAAAUGGUGGAGUAUUUUCUGCAAGCAGAUCUUUUACAAUCAUUUUGACUUUGAAGUAAUUUAAGGGCAGUGUUGCUUAAACCACAAAAGCUCAGAGCAUACAUCCACAACCUAUAAAUGGUUAAGAUCCUAGGCUAAGUUCUACAAGUAAGAUAAGAUAAGAUAAGAUAAGAUAAGAAGAACUUUAUUUGUUUUUAUUCAUCCAAAAACUUGUGCCUCUAACUAAUCGCUAUUUCAUUCAUGCUGUUUGUGCUGCAACUGCAUUUUCAUAAAAUACACACUCUUACUAACACAUUUUCUCUGCAGUCUCAGCCAUGGCUCGUCUGGAGCAGAUCAUUACAAACAUCGUGGACAUAUUUUUGGAGUAUUCCCAAGGCGAAGGCAAGAAAGGUCAGCUGAAUAAAGAUGAGCUCAAGAAGAUGUUGGAGGAAGAAAUCCAGAGCCCCGAGUUAAAAGUAAGAGACAGGACACUCUGUUCAAAUGAACACACAUCUAUUCAUCUUUUUUUAUAUCGCCCAGUUCUGCAUUGGUCUGUUGUGUGCUCUAAUGGAAUCCUGAAAAUAAAUCUUACAGGGUACAAUUAAUGCAGCUGACAUUGAGGAGGCCAUGGAAAUGCUGGAUAAAAACCACGACGGGGAGGUCAACUUUCGAGAGUUCUGUCGAUGUGUGACUGUCCUUGCUAAGUGCUACUACCAGUCAAAGAAGGGUGGCAAGAAAGGUAAAGGAAAAGGCCAGGACAAAGAGGCAACAAAUCCUUGAAACAGAUCCAUGAUGUUUUAAAAGUAUUUCAUUCAUUUGCUACAUGUAGCUCUGCUGAUGGUACUGGUGUAAGACUAAUAUUUGUGUCUUACACCUGCAUGAAAACUGUACAAUUUAUUAUAUUUCUAAAGCAGUAUUGCAGAAACUUUACCUUAAAUACCUCCUGACAUAAAUAAAAACCAAAGUUUCACAGUUGUUGUGAGUGUCUUCAUCUGUGCUUGGAAA